GGGUCGUACCAUACGAGCGGCCUUGACUACCUUGCAUUUCAUCUGCUAAGUGUUGGCGAUUGACGCUGUUUGAGUUAAUGUCUACACCUACAGUGUCAAAAUACUUCUAAUUUAAUGUAAUUGUCUUUGGUCAUGUGAUUGCUUGGAUUACUCUUCACUCUUUGUUGAUUUUAGACUCAUUUUAGAGUCUACCCUAGUCUACCCUAAAAUUGUAUAGACUAAUACUGUAAUAGGUAAAAGGACAAUUCAGCACAGGAGUUUUAUACCUGUUCAGAAAUAGUCUGAUUUAAAAUGGAAAGUCACAGCACAUCAGCUCCUAAGUUAAUGUGGAGUCCAGAUCCAGAUCAACCUAAAACAAACAUGGAUCGCCUGAGAGUUUUGAUCAAUGAAAAGUACAAUGUUAACUUAAAAACAUAUAAAGAAUUACAUCGCUGGUCAUGUGAUAAUUAUUCUGAAUUCUGGGAAGAAGUUUGGCACUAUGCAAAUGUCAUACAUUCAAAAUCAUAUGAAGAGGUUAUUGACAAAAAUCUAGGCAUUGCAGACAUUCCCACCUGGUUUAAAGGAAGUCUAUUGAAUUUUGCUGAAAAUCUUCUUCGUUAUAAUGAUGAUAUGAUUGCGGUUUAUGCAACAGGUGAAGGACAAAAAGAGGUGAAGAGAAAAACACACAAGGAGUUGCGUCAGUACGUAGCCCAGUUUGCUGCUGCAAUGAAAAAGUUGGGCGUUCAAAAAGGGGACAGAGUAGUUGGCUACAUUCCAAACUGUAUAGAAGCAUUAGUGGCCAUGCUUGCCUCAGCCAGCAUUGGUGCCAUCUGGAGCUCGACAUCCCCAGAUUUUGGUGUUGUUGGUGUUUUAGAAAGAUUUACACAAAUUCAACCAAAGCUGAUUAUUAGUGUUAAUGCUGUACAUUACAAUGGAAAGAUUCAUGGUCACCUUGACAAACUAGAGCAAGUAGUGAGAGGACUCCCUGAUCUACUCAAAGUAGUUGUCAUACCAUUUGUUGAUGAUUUUAAAGCAGAUAUUUCAUCAGUGCCUCUGAGUACCACUUUAGAGGAGUUUUUACUGGGUGGUGUUGUUGAUGGCGAAGUCCCUGAGCUGACAUUUGAACAAGUUCCAUUUAACUACCCCCUGGUCAUCAUGUACUCCUCUGGCACCACGGGUGUACCCAAGUGCAUGGUGCAUUCUGUUGGCGGCACAUUGAUGAAACAUCUGUCUGAACAUAUCUUUCACAAUAACAUGGACCGAAAUGAUAUCAUGCUCUACUAUACUACAGCUGGCUGGAUGAUGUGGAACUGGAUGGUCACAGCUUUGGCUUUAGGGUCAGCCAUUGUGCUGUAUGAUGGGUCGCCUCUUGUGCCACAUCCUAAUGUUCUCUGGGAUUUGGUUGAUCAGCUGAAAGUCACCAUACUUGGAACCGGUGCUAAAUGGUUAGCAGUGUUGGAAGACAUGGGUGUACACCCAAAAAAAACCCACAAGUUGGAUUCAUUAAAAGCUAUCUUAUCUACUGGAUCCCCACUCAAACCACAGAGCUAUGAUUUUGUUUACAAUGAUAUUAAAUCUGAUAUUGUCUUGGGAUCUAUAUCAGGUGGAACUGAUAUUAUUGCUUGCUUUUUGGGACAAAACUGGAAUGUUCCAGUUUACAGAGGGGAGAUCCAGUGUCUGUUGUUGGGCUGUGAUAUGCAAAGCUGGGAUGAAUCUGGUAAACCUGUGUAUGAUGACAGUGGAGAACUGGUUUGUGUUACACCAUUCCCUUCCAUGCCUGUUUACUUCUGGAAUGACAAAGAUGGAUCCAAGUACAGAAAUGCUUACUUCAACAAAUUUGAAGGAGUCUGGGCCCAUGGAGAUUAUUGUUUGAUCAACUCCGUCACUGGUGGUGUUGUCAUGCUUGGCAGAAGUGAUGGUACUCUCAAUCCAAAUGGUGUGCGAUUUGGAAGUGCUGAAAUUUAUCAAGCAGUGGAGAGUUUCAAAGAAAUUCAAGACAGUGUUUGUGUCAGUCAGAGGAGUAAAGAUGGAGUAGAUGAAAGAGUGAUUUUGUUUCUCAAGAUGGCACCAGGAAGUGAGUUUGGCUCCACAGUUGUUGACAGCAUUAAACACCACAUAAGGACGUACUUGUCAGCUCGGCAUGUUCCUGCUCUCAUACUCCCCAUUUCUGAUAUUCCUUACACAAUAAGUGGUAAGAAAGUGGAGGUGGCCAUCAAGCAAGCCAUAGCAGGGAAACCUGUGCUGCAGAGAGGAGCCCUCUCAAACCCUGACAGCAUAGACCUGUUUUACAACAUCCCCCAGCUGCAGGACUACUAGACAUUCAUGGAGGUUUUUUUUAAGUAUCAUUUGUUUCAGCCUUUUUUCUUCAUCUUAAAACUACCGUAUGUUUUGUUCAUCCAAGAAAAUAUUCUCAUACAUUCUUUACAAAGAUCUAAAAUGUUGGCAAAACUUUUUUUUUAAGGUGUUGUAUAAAUUCAUACAUAUGAUCAGCAUAAAUAUGUUCAAUGAUAGCCUAUAUUAUUUAUGUAAAAUACAUACUUGUUUUUUAAGGCAUAUUUUACAAAGUUGUGAUUGAAAACAUUUUUAUGUCAUGUUGAAACUUCUAACAUGAUAAGCACCAUAAACAUGAUCUGUUAUUUAAAUGUUAGAUCAAGUUUUAUUCUAGCCAUAGCUCCCUUAUUGCUGUUAUUUUUCUGGUCAGUUGAUUCCUCAUAAAUCUUCCUUAUAUUUGAACAGUAUAUAUGUUGAAUGCUGUAAUAGUAUUUGAUGGUACUUUUUUAUUAAUUUAAAUUUUUAAUGCACAUUUGCUCAACCUAUGUUUUUUCACAGCAAGAUUUAAUUCUAAAUAUUAUUUCUUCAAUUUUCUUAUUAAAAAAAUACCAGAACAGACUGUAAAUAAUAAUAAUGAUGAUGCCAUGUGUAAAUUAAAUUUAAAAAAAAAAAGCUUCCAGUCCCUCACCUUCAUUAAUUUGGGCUAGUUAAUUUAUGGUACAUCUUGUUACUCACUUAAAGAAUCUCAAACUUCACUGUUUGCGAGCAUUUUCUGAAUGUGGGGAGGGUUGACUCCCUCAUGAUGUCAGCCUGUAGACAUGUGGACACAUGUAAGAUUGGCUGGCUGAGUCCAUGUGGUCAGCAGAUGGGGAUGUGGUCAGCAGAUGUGGUUGUGGUUAGCAGAUGUGGAUGUGGUCAGCAGAUGGGGAUGUCUGACACAUGAAAGAUUGGCUGAGUCCAUGUGGUCAGCAGAUGGGGAUGUGGUCAGCAGAUGGGGAUGUCUGAUACAUGAAAGAUUGGCUGGCUGAGUCCAUGUGGUCAGCAGAUGUGGAUGUCUGACUCACGAAAGAUUGGCUGGCUGUGUCCAUGUGGUCAGCAGAUAGGGAUGUCUGACUCAUGAAAGAUUGGCUGGCUGAGUCCAUGUGGUCAGCAGAUGUGGAUGUCUGACUCACAAAAGAUUGGCUGGCUGUGUCCAUGUGGUCAGCAGAUGGGGAUGUCUGACUCACAAAAGAUUGGCUGGCUGUGUCCAUGUGGUCAGCAGAUGGGGAUGUCUGACUCAUGAAAGAUUGGCUGAGUCCAUGUGGUCAGCAGAUGGGGAUGUCUGACUCAUGAAAGAUUGGCUGAGUCCAUGUGGUCAGCAGAUGGGGAUGUCUGACUCAUGAAAGAUUGGCUGGCUCCAGUUUCAACAUGUAAUGGACUGUUGUAACUUAAAAAUAAACUACUCAUUAUUUAUAUAAUUGUUUUUUAAUGCAGGGGCAUAGGUAAAAAAUGGAAAGUAGUAGACUAAAGUAAAGAUACUAAACCAAAUGAAUGAUCUUGAGUCAGUAUUAAAUUACUGUUAUUAUUUAAAGAGAAGCAGUGAAGGUAUUGUACAGACUACAGCCAGUGGACAUGUUUAAUGUAUGCAUUCAUUUUAAACUGCUGCUCACCUUGUAGUUGAUGUUUAUUUUUUUCUUGUGGUUUAUGCCAAAUGUUUUGAUGUAAUUUGCUGGUAAUGUAUGCAGUUUACUGGCUAAAAAGUUCUGUUAGCUUUUAUCUGUACACAUUUAUUUGGUGGCUGCAAUAUCACCAUAGACCUGGUGCUUUGAUAAGUCUGAAAUAUUUCAUCUUAUCUGUCAAGUUUCACAUUCUUCUGAUGCCAUACAUGGUGUGAACAACUUUAAACAUUCUCCACCUCAUUCUUGUGCCUAGUCCCUUACACUACAGUCUAGUGUUGGCUAAUGGGGAUUCCUGUUGGUUGUAUACAAAUGUGAUGGUUUUUGAUGAUGCUGGGACCAAGCAAUUGUUCAAGCUGUUCUUUGAGGUCCUGUCUGAUUGUUAUUGGAAUGGAGGAAUGACAAAUUCCUGUACACAAGUCUUAUUGUUAUUAAGAUUGGGAAUGUCGAAUGCAAAUGGAUAAGUAUUCUUAUAACCACAUUUAUCUUAUGAUAUUUUACACCUGUAGCCUGCCAUUGAAAGAAGUAAUGGUCUUCUCAAAAUUCUGUUAAGCCUAGUAAAAGAACAAAAUUUGGCUGAUGAUUGUAGCCUCACUUCAAACAAGACUCCAUUUUUAAAGGCUUUAAUCUUUUCAUAACAAAUCAUUAAGUGCUCUUAUUUUCAAUAGGAAUAUCUGUAUGUAGUUUUAAAAUGUUGGUCUGAAGGGAAAUGUUGAACCAUGUAAUUAUUUCUUUCCUCAUGUUUAAAUACUUAGGAAAAACCACCACCCAACAAGGACUGUAUAAAGCCUCUUCAUUAGAUUUAUUCAUUAGAUUGACUAUUCAUUAUGUUUUGUUUUAUUUUAAAACAUAUCCUAGUUUUUAACCACUAACUUGUUACUUCAUUCAUUAAUCAAACAUGAGUAUUUAAAAUGGUUCCAUUAGUGGAGAGUUCUGGCAUUAAUUUGUCAUUACCAUUUGCAUUUAACUUGAAUAACAGUAGGUAUACAAUUCUGGGGCUUGAUGAAUGAAACCAGUGGUUAUUUGGCUAAUGGUGUCUUUAACUUAGCUAUAUUUCUUCUAUUAGUUAGAAUAUUAUGUGGUUGCAUUGAUUUGGUGCCUUUCUUUAGCUAUUUUCUUUGAUCUGACCACAACUUGGAUAUAAAAAUACCUGAGUUCUGCUAUUUACAUGAAGUUAUAAAAAGAAACUAAAUGUGGGGGUAAUGAUAAACUCCAAUACUUUAGUCAGUAAACUAAUGUAUGUUAUACGACUUAUGUCAUUGUUAACCGGUGUCCCAUUUGAAGUCAACAAGUAAAUGUUUGAUGUUAUUUUUAGCAUGUUAAUGAAAAUUUGGAGAUAAUUUUUUAAGAAAUUUUCAGAGCAGUUUUUGUUUAAAUAUGAACAAAUGUCAAUUGAGGUAAUACAUGAACAAGUCUUUAGGGCAACUUUAGGUUGUUACUUCUAUUUUAUGUAAGGUAAAUAUAUGCAUGUUCAUUUUAUGCAAAACAGGGAUUCUUU